AUGUGGAACAACCUAUACAAGGUUUCAGGCACAGCAUCCCGUUAUGAUUCUAAAAGAGCCUAUCACCAUUUUACCUUAUUGCUUGAUGUUGACAAGACUCACCUAAACACUUUGUUGCAACCAUGUCUUUCUGGCAUUGUAGGAAAUCCUGCAACAGCAAGUAUACCUGCUAGUACAGUGAACCUGAAAGAAAUUGAAGAUGAAUUGACCUUUGAUAAUGUAGUAGAAUGUGUUGGUGAUUAUUUUAUUUCUAAAGGCCUCCCUAUUCAGAGAGCUGGCAUACAAUAUGCGGAACCAACAGAAGACAAAAGAUAUCCAGGUCUACAUACAAUUGUCAGUGAACUUAGAGACUGGACAUGGGUAUACGGCAAGACACCUGCCUUCUUUCUCUACCGAGUUUGGCGGAGGUCAAGACAUGUCAAUGAUGAAUACCUUGACAAAAUCAUUGAACUUCACCAGAGCCAGGUUCAACAGCAACACUUCAAGGCUGUCAAUGAUGUUUUGGUGUUACCAAAUCAUAGUGUACCCUCUUAUUACUAA